UUGAAUUGAACAACAGUAGUGGUUUAUGUUUUAAAAGCGGUCUCAUUGGUUGCUGUGCGGUAUGAGUUUAUACCGGCCUUCCAAUUGGCUCGCUGUACCGAUGGGCGUGGUCAAAACCUCCCAGCUGCAGCCGAGCAUAUUGGAAAAUGUUACUACCAAGUCAAAGUCGAUGGUCGUCGACGUCCUCACUUUACAUCGUCAGACACGUUGACAGGAAUAACUUCCUCACAAAGUGGAGAGUGUGUGGACCUGCACGGCAGCGUGACAUCUUUGUGAAACGAUGUGUGAGCGACAUGACCUGCCAGGCCCUUUGGGAUAACACCGGCUGUGGGUUUAGCAUGGAGUCAAAAGCCGGUGGCUUGCCAACAGUUCCAGAGCGAGAACUGUACCGCAGCGUCCAGGCUAUGCUGCCUAGAGAAACGGACAUCCACCAUUCCCCUGACUGUCUCAACAAAGGAAUGUUAAGAUGGACGCUACACAAGAAGGUUCGGAACAAUCCUGCCAACGGCUUGUCUCUGCUGUGGGUUCUGAUAAAAGAGCUAGAAAAGGCGGAGAGAUGGGCCAGUCAUGAAUACAUCAUUCCUUUGCUCCACACGCUGAUGUAUACAAUCAUUCAGACGGCCUACAUCCCAGAUGAGUUGUACAAGCGUGUGUAUAACUUCUGCAAGAGACUGCUGACCUACCCUCAGCCCUACUGCACCGUUGGCCUCAGCUACGCGAGAAGGCUCAAAACUGAACGCGUCGUUCCAGGUCUGCUGUAUCAGAGGAUGGUAGUAGCAGAGCAGAGACUAAAGAAUGAGCAUUAUCCCUAUCAGGACAGGAUUUUUGUUCUGGCUGAUCCAAAGGUCUUUUCUGACUCUCUGGCACAAGUUGUGCUGGCUGACAUUGAAGCAGCAUCAGCUUCAAGUCCAAUAGAUCACAUGCGCCGCGUGGUCCAACACUCCAUUCAGGCCAAUUUAGGAGAGAGGUACAAUGGAUACAAACUGGCUGAAACCUUAAAGGAUAUAGACAUCGAACCUUAUUUUCAGGAUGUAAUGGCGACUGCAGAGCGGUGUGCGGAAGAGAGUCGCGGCAGGGUGGGGAAUGCACCGAAGAGCCAACUUCAGAAGCUUUGCAGCAACGUUAUUACAUCGGUGAACUCAGAGACUGCUUCCGCUGGACCAUUUGACUGCCCCCUUCCUAAUCCUGAGAUGAGCUUCCACCUGUGGACAGAGGAACUGGAUAUCUGGCGGGAGGUGGCCAAAUGGCUGCGAUCCAGCUCUUCACAGGAGCAGUUUUCCCUCACCCCUGAACAUGAAGACCCUGAGCUGGGUGACUUGCCUAGUGACCUGAUGCCACCCGACAAGGCCCGCUUCUCUGUCAUGUCCAAUGACAGCGGUAUCGAAAGAGACCUGUCACUCGCUGGUGACGCUUCGCCGUUGGCAUCAAUCGAUUCUGGCUGCGGAACUGCGUCAUGGGACCCCUGCAAGAGUGAGCAAGAUUCAGUUAGGUUGUCCCGACGUGGAGGCAUGAAGGUGAAACCAUCUGUGAAGGACAGCGUUGCACUAUUGCAGGACACCCUAGAAGGUCAUACAGGAGGGCUUGGAUACAGCAGGGGGGGAGGACGAGAGGCUACGCUGCAGAGGGGAGCAGGAAGCAAUGCCACGCAGACCCCAAUUUCCAAACAGCAGAGGCUCUUUACUGCCAGGAUUGUCGUUAUGGGGGGUGACAGCAUAUUGGGCCACCUGGCUAAAGCCUACUACUGCUUAAGGAAAAGGGAAGCGAGGAGAAUUUUUCUUACAAUGAAAGUCAACCUACAGUUUUACUACAUCCCUGUUUGCACAGUGCCAACCGCUACCUCCUCUGACAAAGAGAACCAUCAGUCCAAGCAGAGUUUGUGUACUCUUGGGUCCUUUUUGAGCAUUGUGGACCCAUGGUACAACUGUAACAUCAGCAGUUUGGGCUGCAUGAUCCCCAAAAUGGCUCAAAUGACAAACUCAUCAAGGCCUAAAGAGCCAUUUGUGUCUGACGUCAUUUCCUACUAUGUACGAAUGGGCCAACAGCCAGUUUAUUUCAACAUCUACUUUGUUAAGAUUACCUUUUCAAGCAUGACCAAGGAAACUGUGGAGGACGUCUUCCUGACACAUUUAGAGGUGGAUGUUCCUGAACUCAGAAACUCUUCGGCACCAAUGAGAGAAAAGCAAAAGAAGAGUGUAGCAGAUGUAUGUGGAGCUCUUGUCGGCAUCAGUUAUAAAAAAGUGACGCUAAGCGGCCGGGACACUGAAAGAGGGCUUCCCAUGAGGACAACAGGCGCUAACAUCAGUGCUAUUCCAUUGAGUGCAAAAGAAGAUCUUAACUGUUUGACACUCCUUUUGAAGGAAUGGCCAGGCAAAGCUAAAAACAAUUCUACUGACUUCAAAAUCAGAAGCAACAACAUCAAGCUGUGUUUAUUGGACAGUCGGUCAUCGCUUAGAGUUACGUUAGACAGGGAUUGUCGAAGGACUUACAAUGAUGUGCAGAGCAUUGAAAUUGUUCCCUGCCUUGAGCCUGGAUACUGCAUCCAAAAAAAUAUAAUGUCCAAAUUGAACCUGGGAGAGGACGAGGAUGUAGGACUGAGCAAGUACAUGACCAAAGGACUCCCUCUGCCUGUCAACACCUUUGCUGGCAUCAUCAACUGACCUCUGCAAAAGGAUGCAUGGAUGACAUUAUGGGGAUAAAAGUCUGGCAAUCACGUCAACUGCACAAAUACAGUACAAUUUAACAUUUCUUCCUACUGUGAAGAUUAAAAGAAAACAACCAUAUUAAAUCAAAUUGAGUGUAAAAUAAUGCACUGGCCACUUAAUGAGGUAUACUUCAACAAUCGAAUGACAUCCAAAUCAAGAAAUGUAUGAAAAAAGUUUAUAAUGCUCCGUUUUUAUAUAAAUAAUACAGAGACAUGUUGUAUAAACAGCCAUGCCCGAUUUUAACGAACAAAAAAAACAUAAAAAUGAGGCCACCAAACUGACAAAUCCAGCCACUUUACCUGCUCUCGAAUGCAGUUUCUGUGUCCAUUGAAUGCAGUGAAAACAUGCCCCGGCCAUCUGUCAAUCAAAUACUAUUACUAUGACCUGAAAAUGAAUGAAUGCUACAUGCACAGGUUGCCAUCUAGCUCAAAGCUAACAGGCUUACAUGGUUCCUCUCGGUCAGCAGAUGUACAUCUCUCAGGAAUUUCAAAGAUGGCUCCCAAUUGUUCUCUAAAUUAAAAUGGGCUUAGUACAUUAUCUAAAUAACAUGCAAUUGCACUAGAUAACAGUGGAUGGAAACAAAGGCACUUCUUAUAUGGUGGGGGGUGGAAACUGUCGUGUCAGAUGCCAACGUAUGACAGCGGGUCCUGUUCUGGCUAUGGCCUUAGAAAAAAAAAAAUCUGAAAACACUAUACGUAAUGAAAAGCAAUCUCAGUUUCCAUGCACUUCAUUGGAGGAUCUUUUCUGAUGUCAUUUGUCAGGUUGCAUUAUGGUAGCGCGUGGCAAGGAACGGUAUUUCACCUUUAGUUUGAUUGUUUUGCACGUUUCGAGGAGAAAGCGAGGCAGAUGGUUGACUCUUGCUGUGUGGUCGAUUGUACGGCAAUUUUGCCUGCUUCCUGGAAAUGUUAGCCUUUGUUGACAUUUUUCUCCACUAUUACAAAGCAGAAAAAUGAAAUUGUGUUAUUUUUCAAACUGGCAAACAUGAUUCCUUCUGCUGGGAUGCACUUCAGCCAAACAAUUACAAUUCCUUUAUAUCUGACAUGAGUUAGAUUUUACGGAAUUCUUGCAGUCGGCGUGAUGUCACGAUGGCGUCAUCUCGCAUAGCAAAGUGUCGCCAUUUUGAGAAGGGGGGCACGCACAGGUAAACAUCCGUAGACGAACGUCUGAAAUUCAUAUUUCAGCUGUGUUUUGAGUCUUUUUUUUUUUUUUUUUCAUAAAAAACGUCUUAAACAUGACUUAUUUUUAUCACGAGUCACUGCCAACAGACGCGAGGAGGCGAUACAACUUAAAAUUAGCGUGUAUUGGCUUGCAAAUCUGCCCAUACAAAGUCGCAGCUGAGAGUUAGAUAAACAAUCCAAAGGAAUGGCCUGCAGUGCAGUUCGGAAACAUCUACAACUACCUAAUAAAGUCAGCCAGUAAGUUGACCUUUAUCAUUGAUGUGGAACAUGUACUGUGUGGAACUGAGAAAAUUGGUAGUAUAUACAAAGUGAUUAUUUCUGCCGUAACCGAUAAUUCGCCUUCAAGCGUUAUUUAGCCGUGAACCGUGGUAGUAGAACUAAAUGGGGUGUCACGAGGCAAGAACGCAGUGCAUGAGUCACGUCACGGCAAAAUAACCAAUUACCACCAGGCCAAUAAUAUACCGAUUGACCAAUCAGAGCAGUUCACGGCAAAUGAAAAAUAUCGCUUUGCGAGUUGUCUGUUGCGGUAAUAAUAACCACUGCCUAGUCUAUUGAAUCCUAGCAGCUAAUUGGGGCAAAAAAAAUCGAUUAAAGUUUACUCACUCACCAGCAGUGUUGUCACAGAUUACUUAAAAAAGUAAUUUAAUUACUGAUUACUGAUUACACCUCAAAAAAGUAAUCUAGUUACUUUACCAAUUACUUUAUUAUCAAAGUAACUGUUACUUUAAAAGUAACUUAUCAGUUACUUUUUACCAAUUUUUCUCCUUUUGCUGCCUCAACAUAAAAAUGACAACGAAAAAUGUCAUCGCAUGUAACUGAAUUUUUCACAUAAGGCUUAAUCUUUGAGUUAGCGGGGGUUUAAUUAGUCGAUGGAGUUGAUUUCAACCACCAUUGACUCGCGCUAGCUUAGCCACCCCGGAGCCCUGAAACUAACAAAUAAUUGACAAACUGCACGGAAUUUGUUCAAAUCAACUUCAACGACUAAAUAAACACCGGCUAACUCCAAAAUAAGGCCUAAUGUCAAAAAUUCUGAACUUCCACUUUAAAAUAAAGACCUAGCUGUUAGAAUAUUGUCUAUAAAAGUUGUAAAGCAAUAAAACAAACAACAAAAAUUAAUGAAAUGAACAAGAAUCCUACAACGUAUUUCAUAAUGGGUCAAAAUCAUUUCACUUUUUUUUUUGCCAUUCCACAUGUUCAUUCAUAGUUUUGAUGUAUUCAGAGAGGAUUUACAAUAGUAGGGAAAAUAUAAAACGUAAAAAUGUUUAGGUGUGUCCAAACUUUUGACUUUUGUUUCAGUCAUCAACAUGCUUUGCCCCCAGCCCCACAAAAGUAAAACUCCGCCUAUGGUUACAAACACUGACAAUAAAAUGUGCAUAAAGGCUGGUUACAAACUGUAGAAGUGCUGGCUGUCUUGUUACCUGUAGGCUUUUCGAGUUUUGUCGCGUUGUCCUGUAAUUCCAAGUGCUUCCUUGUUGAAUUGGAUGUAGAGUUUUUAGUGGCCGACAGUCUUUUUCAGCCAGCGUAAAGUUUGCAACGCACGGAGAUAUUUUUGUCAUCUUUACUGGACAGAAAUGUGACGUAAUGGCUGUAUUUCCAGUGAGCAAAGGCAUCCAUUUGCAGUAUAUAUCCUGCCUUUCACUGUUAGCCUCACUGCCUCGUCAGAAUGCUAUGUUGUUGACCGCCGUGGCAGACAGCCUCAAACAGCAUCGUAAUACAUGUGACCCGUUUUUGUUUUUCCCGAUGAGAAAUGCUCUUCGUACAUGACUACAGUAUUCUUCAUUCUACAUACAUUAUGAGGCAAAAACAAAAUAGUAACGCACAGGCACUAGGGAAACUAACUUUAAUCGGAUUACUGGCUUGGAAAAAUGAACGUGUUAGAUUACUCGUUACUGAAGAAAGUAAUCAGAUUACAGUAACGCGUUACUUAGUAAUGCGUUACUGACAACACUGCUUACCAGUGAUAAAAUGUCGGCUGCAAACGUAUAUGUGCCUGGAUUUAGGUUCCCAAAGGCCAGAAUGGUCCACGGAACAGUCUUCUUUUACUGUUCCUCGAUUGAGUGCUUUCAGCCAUUUGCGUAUCCUUUUCUUCUCACGAGGAAGAAUGAAGAACUUCAAAUGCGGCUCCGAACUCUUCUUUGUGUUACAACACGCAACACAGCAACAUUUAGUCAUUCCGACGGAAAAAAAGACCGCAAAUAGGACAAAAGUUCAACGCGUUUGUACUUCAAUCCACAACAAAGCAACUGCUUGUGACUCGUGUUUUGCCCCCUUUUCAAUAUGGCGAUGCUUUGCUGUGGCUGGUGACGUCAUUAAUGCCCGGACUGCGAGAAUAUCAUUGUGGUUUGAACAGUCCUGUCGCUUAAAAUUGGAAUUCGUGCUAUGAUGACAUCAAUUUGCAUUGUGACCCCUUUUGUUUGUAUGAUUCUGCCCAUGGGCACCACUUUAGCUUAGCGCACGGUGGAAUAAAAGCAUCUACGCACAUGCAAUACUUUUACAGCCGAUAUGGAAAAUAGGAAUCUGAACAGCCACACAAAAAGAUCGAUAAUGACCCCAAAAAAUUGCAUUGAUGCUGAAGUUACAGUCUGAACAAGCAGCUGUGUGUGUUGUGAUUGCACAUCAUUACAGAGCCAUUCUUUGUCAAGGGCCAAUUGAAGAGCUGACAUGGAAAAAUGAGAUUGCUUCUCUUCAAACAAACCACCUGUGUUCUUAUGACCACUAAACCCAUUGCUGUAUACACAUUUGUGCCGUCUUUUCUGCAGAAAAAUGCGUGUAAUUGUUGACAAGCAUAUGCAAUGUAAAUCUAAAAUGUAAUUAUGUAAAUAAAAAUACUAUUUUGUAAAAUCCCUCGGCUUGUGGCGUCUAUUGCGUGUGAAUGUAACCGUACUUUACGACCACCAGAUGGCGCAUGUGCCAAAAGCAGCUUGAUUGACAGGGGGUCCCCUGUCCACUGAGCACACACACGUCGGGCUGAGCAUGUGGGGAACAUCUCGUCCCUCUGCAGGUCGUUGACUUGGUCUGGCAAUGAUUCACAGCCAAAACAGAGCAUAACACUUUUAAUGUUUUUUUUCUUUCCUUUUUUGGUAUUGUUGCCACUGCUGCAUGCACAUCCCUCAGAGAAGAAGAGGAGGUAGAACGAUGGAAGAGAAGCAAAGAGAAUCUUUCCAUCAAUAUGGAUCGCUGGAGCGGGUACAAUUGAGCACAAGCAGCCACAAAGCAGAGGAGGACGUUGUGUCUAUGGCAGACUCCAGCAUCACUGUGGACGACAUCGAAG